GGAAUUUGACUCGAUUCGUCAAUGAAAAAAUUAAUAAAUAAAUUAAAUUGUUUAUUUGAGAAUUCAUAGUGCGCUAUGUUUAUUUCUGGAUUAAGUAAACUUUAUAUAGUUAAAAACUAAUUGGUAUUGACCAUGGUAUGUCGCAACGUAUGGUGUAAUAUCCUCAAGAUGUAUCCGAGGAGUUUAUUCGAGUGAUUGUUAUCAAAUUUUAUGAAAAUUUAACCAAAUCAUGCAGAUUUCGUUCAACGUAAUCGUUCUACAAUAUUUAAUUUACUUAGUUUAGUUAGUUGCUGUAAAUAUAAGUGAAAUCGUUAACAUUUAACGGUUUAAGUGGGUCAAGAGUGAGAAUUUUCCAAGUUGCAAUAGAUUGACAAUGAAUGAUAAAAAGUUGGUCCAGAAUUUCAAGAGCUACAUCAACGUAUCAUGCACGAGUAAUGGAGAGAAAAAUGGCUCAGUACAUGAUUUAAAACCAAAAUUAUUAAAUGGAGAGUUGAUAACAGGCGCGGCGCACAGCGUGGUAAUGCUGACGCCGCUAUGUGAAGCCGAGAGAGGGCGAUUCGGUGCACUAUUUGUGACCAACUUCAAGCUAUCGUUUGUACCGCUCGAUUCCACCGCUAAUGACGAGUACGGGCAAAGGAACCACACGGUGGGCGUGCACGACGUGCCGCUGACGUGCGUGGGCGCGCUGUGGCUGACGGACGGCGGGGCCGCGCGCCGCCGCCGGCUGCUGCCGCGCGCCGACAUACCCGCCAAGCUGAAGGGCCUGCAGAUUGUGUGCAAGAACAUGAAAGUGCUGUCAUUCAACUUCGCAAACUCGCCACUUGGCGCGGGUCGCAAGGUAGUAAUGGCGCUCCUACACCACGCGUUUCCAAAACGUCACGACCUACUCUUCGCCUUCGAGUACAGAGAGCCAUACUACCCCACCCUCCCCUCAGAUAUGAACAUGUUCCAACGACCAGCCGAUUGGAAGAGGGAGCUAGAAAGAUGCGAAUGUCCACACUGGAGAAUCACUUGUAUAAAUGGAACAUCAGACGCCUUCAUGCUGACCGCGGGGGAGACGCUUAUAGUGCCCAGUUCUGUGCUAGACUACAAUCUAAUGGAAAGCGCCAGACACUUUCGGUCUGGUCGAGUUCCAAUAUGGGUGUGGGGGAGACCGGAAGGGGCGGCGUUGUUGAGGAGUGGUGAGUUGCUGCCAACGGAAUUGUCGGCGACGGCUGAAAGUGUACUGUUAGAACAGGUGCGCCGUUCCCACCCGAAGCUCACACCGCCGUACGUGAUCUAUCUCUGCGGCAACAGUUUCACCAACAACAGCAGCGCAGUUACGUUGCCGCCGCUCAGCGCACUCAACGCGUCGUACAAAAAGCUGGCGGAUUUGUGCACGCCCACCACUUUAUCGGACUUUUGGAUAAAAGACUCACAGUACUACUCAAUGCUUGAAUCAAGUCGGUGGCUGCGGCACGUGGCCGCGUGUUUGACGUUCGCUGAUGACGCCGCUAAGCAUAUAUCUGAUAAUGUCACUGUUGUGCUGCAGGAGGGUGACGGUGUAGACUAUUGCGCAGUUGUAUCGAGCCUCACACAGUUACUACUCGACCCGCACUACCGUUCCAUAUCUGGCUUCCAGUCACUCAUACAGAAGGAGUGGCUAGCGUUGGGUCACCCGUUUUGUGAUCGGUUCGGUCUCCCCCGACCAGGCAUGUCAAAAGAGGAUCUAGAAAAGGCUCCCCCCUCACAAGUGGCCCCAGUGUUUCUAUUAUUCCUGGAUUGUGUAUGGCAACUCCAAUCCCAGUUCCCGGCCGCGUUCCAAUUCACGGAGACAUACCUGACUACGUUAUGGGACGGAUCGCAUAAUCAUUUGUUUGAUACGUUCCUGUUUAAUUGUCCGAAGGAUCGGGAAUUGGCUGUGGCCAGGUUGCAGAACUUCGUGCAGCGUCCGAUCUGGGACUGGGCGGAGCAGUUCGGCGAACGGGACUUGGCGCUGUUCUACAAUCCGCUCUAUGUGGGGCAUAGAACUAAUGCAAUCAAUGAACAACGCCUCUCGAUGUCGUCAGUGUGCAGCCGGCGCUCGUCGGGCGAGGUCGCGCGGCUGGAGCCGUGCACGUCGGUGGCGGGCGCCGAGCUGUGGGCGCAGUGCUACGAGCGCUGGCUGGCGCCGCUCGACGCGCCCGCCGCCGGCCGCGUGCAGUACUACUGGCACAACUGCCGCGUGCGGGCACAGAUACAAAAGCUCAACGCGAAAUUGACAUCUCUAUCGAUCCUCAACGACCGAACCAACGGGGGUGAAGACCCUCCCCCCUCCCCGCCCCCCACACUCACCCGCUUCUACCCCUUCAGCCUCAAGCCAAGUGACAAUGUAUCCACAAGCCUGGAUGCAAUGCAAGUGAGCCUCAUAGACGCGACACAGCUACUGGACUCGCAAAGCUUGUUGAACGCACCCGAUUAAAAAAAAGAAAUUUCAAAUUUCGAACGUUUUUGAAAUUGGAAUUGUGUUAUGGUGUAUUGUGUGUGUUUGUAGUGUGUAAGUGUAGUGGAAAUUUUGAAUUAAGAACGGGUCUUGAGAUUGGAAUUGUAAAGCGUAUGUUAGUGUGUGU